AUGAUUUAUUUGAUAGAAGUAGCAGCUUGUGAAUAUUCAGUUUCUUUGCCAUUUUUUAUCUUUGAUAUUCACUUUUUAAAAAUCUUGUCUUUUUCUUUUUAUCUUUCAUAUUUUGUAUUUCUUUUUGAUUCUGGUCUUAUUUGUGUUUCUUUCCUUAUCAUUUGUGUUUCCUUCUUUAUCAGUUGUGUUUCCUUCUUUAUCAGUUGUGCUUCCUUCUUUAUCAGUUGUGCUUCCUUCUUUAUCAUUUGUGUUUCCUUCUUUAUCAGUUGUGUUUCCUUCCAUAUCAUUUGUGUUUCAUUCUUCAUCAGUUGUGUUUCCUUCCUUAUAAUUUGUGUUUCCUUCCUUAUCAGUUGUGCUUCCUUCCUUAUCAUUCUCUUCUCUUUUACUUCUUUCCUUAUUGUAUAUUUUUACUUUUUGUUAUCAUUCUUUUUGCUUCUUUCCUUAUCAUUCAUUUUUUUGGUUAUUUCAUUAUUAUUUUUUAUUUUGUUUCUUUCUUUAUCAAUUUCAUUUUUUACUUCUUUAUCUUUCUUUUUUUUGUGUUGCCUCCUUCCUAAUCCUUCUCUUUUUUACUUCCAUCCUUAUCAUUCUUUGUUUUUUCUUUCCAUAUCAUUCUCCUUUUUACUUCUUUGCUUAUCAUUCUUUUUCUUCCUUAUCAUUCUCAUUCGUUUAUUUUUGUUUCUUCAUUAUCAUUCUAUUUUUUCUUACUUUUCUUAUUAUUUUCUUAUUUUAACUUCUUUCUUUAUCAUUUUUCUUAAAGUUCAUUAUUUUUAUUUUCUUCUCUCUUUCUGUCUGUUGUUUUCAUUUUUCCUUUUUCCAUUUUUAUAA